AUGGAAUGGCGUCUUCGCGUCGUAGUCUAUUCCGUAGUUUUGCUGCCCUUCUUCGCGUGUGCUAUGGCUAUGGACUCUAAUGACGCUGUACUGUUAUUCUCUACCGCUCAGAUUGCCGUACUUUUUCUUUUUCUUACUGUAAGUAUCUUCCUCAUGUCCAUGUAUCUACUCCCUCGCUGGUUGCUGCGCUUUAUCGAGUGGAGCUCGCAUCCUUCCGUCUUAUGGAGCGCACGUACCUCAUCCUACGUCUGCUCGCUGACUAUUGACGAUGCGCCGUCACCAUCUACACCUGCGAUACUUGAUAUUCUUCGCAAACAUAAUGUCAAGGCUACGUUCUUUAUUAUCUCGGAUCACAUUCCAGGCAAUGAAAAGGUAUUGCAACGUAUUGUACAAGAGGGACACGUGCUGGGAAACCAUCUUACAGAGGAUCGAGCAAGUAUUUUAGAUGAUCUUCACGUAUUUGAGCAGAAAUUACAGGAGUGUGAUCGAGCCAUUAACAAAUACCAACCAGUAGUGGCGCCGUCCAAGCUGCUGGACAUGCAGCAGGUGCUGCUCAAGGAGAAGGGAUCAAACACUGUGCAACUCGUGGCAGGACGUAGUGAAGAGAAGAGGGAAAAUGGUGCUGGAUCUAGAGGCAAGUGGAUGCGUCCGGCUUCUGGCUGGUUUACGACACCCAUGAGAGAAAUUACUGCACGUCAUGGUUACCGCAUCUGUCUUGGCAGUGUGUAUCCACAUGACGCGCAGAUUCGAUCGGAGACUAUGAACUCGAUUCAUUUACGGACACGCACAUCCUGCGGGUCUGUGAUUAUUGUCCAUGAUCGAUCCUGGACAAUUGGUGUUUUGAGUACAGCUUUACCUGUGCUUACACGCAAGUUUACGUUCGUGUCUUUGGACGAGCUCGUGCUGUACCAUGAAGGCAAAACAGACAAGAAGUGA